CCAGGCCAGCACAUAUAAGGAGCUCCGGCUCCAAGUCUUUCUUUAUCCUUCCUCUCUUCUCUCCAUUCCAUUCCAUUUUAUUAGGGUCCAUUCUCCACCUCCUCUUAUAAGGAAAAAAAGAAGGGGCAAAAAAAUUAAAAGAUGGCGAAGAAGGUCCUCAUCGGGGCCGUCUCCGGGAUCCUCCUGGUGGCGGCGGUGAUCGGCGUGGUGGCCGGCGUCAUGCGCUCCAGCAAACACGCAUCGUCGGGCGGCGGAGAUGCCAUGUCGAGCACAUCCAAGUACGUUUCCGCCUUCUGCGAACCGACGCAGUACCGCGAGACCUGCGAGAGCACCCUCUCCAAGGUGAGCAACUCGACCACCCCCAACGAAAUGAUCCAGAUGGCCAUUAAUGCCACCAAGGAUGCAAUCCGGGCCAGAUUCGACGUACCCGACAAGAUCCAGAAGAACCUCCCGAACCUCGCCCCCAACCUUCCCCAGCGCAACAUGUCGAUGCUCCAGGACGCGCUCACCGAUUGCAAGAAGCUCCUCGAGGACACCAUCGACUUCCUCGACGCCACCUACGCGCUGUCCAACAGCAUGGAGGAUCUGGUCCUCAGGUCCACCGAUGUCAUCACCUGGAUGACCUCCAUGAACCUCCAAGUGUCCUCCUGCCUCGACGGCAUCGAGCACCCCGUCGUCUAUGAGGCGAUGAUCAAGGAACUCGGCAACUCGACCCAGCUCCGCAGCAACGCCCUCACCAUGGUUGCCCGGGCCUCCAAAGUCUUCCAGUCCCUCGGCAUCCAGUUGAACACCGGCGCCGACUCCCGCCGCCGGCUUCUGGCUCACGAGGAGGCCGGCUAUGAGAGGGACUCCGAGGGGUACCCCAAGUGGCUCUCCACCGCCGACAGGAAGCUGCUGGCCCAGGAGUUGGUGAAGCCAAACGUGGUGGUGGCCAAGGACGGGAGCGGCAACUUCAAGACCAUCAACGACGCCCUCAAAGCCAUGCCGGCUAAAUACACCGGGCGAUACAUCAUCUACGUCAAGGCCGGCGUCUACAACGAGAAGAUCCUCGUUGACAAGCAGAAGACCAACUUAUUCAUCUAUGGUGACGGGAGCAAGAAGACCAUCGUGACCGGCCACGCCAGCUACAAGUCCGGAGUCAAGACCGAUCAAACCGCCACCUUCGCUGUGCAGGCGCCCGGUUUCAUCUGCAAGAACAUGGGCUUCCGCAACACCGCCGGUCCCGAGGGGCACCAGGCAGUGGCCUUCCGUGUCAACGCCGAUCUUGCGGUGCUCUUCAGGUGCCGGUUCGACGGGUACCAGGACACACUGUACGUGCAAAGCGGGCGCCACUUCUUCCGCAACUGCGUCGUCUCAGGGACCGUCGACUUCAUCUUCGGCGGCGGGGCGAGCAUCCUCCAGAAUUGCCUCAUCCUCAUCCGCCGCCCGAUGGACAGCCAGUUCACCGCUGUGACGGCCGCCGCAGGUGACCACCCGGAUGAGAACAGCGUCAUCGUCAUCCACAACUCCCGCAUCCGGCCGGACACGAAGCUGUUCCCCGACCGGCUCAAGAUCAAGAGCUACCUCGGCCGGCCCUGGAAGGCGUAUGCCAAGACCGUCGUCAUGGAGACGGACAUUGGUGACCUGAUCCAGCCCGAGGGGUGGAAGGAGUGGGACGGGAAGCCGGAGCAUGAGAAGACGGCGUUCUACGCCGAGUUCCAGAACCGCGGGCCCGGCUCGAAUACCCGCGGCAGGGUGAGGUGGCCCGCGUACCGUGUGAUCAAGCGGCAGGAGGCUCAGAAAUUUACGGUGUCCAAUCUGCUGUACACGCAAAGUGGCGACUGGAUUGCUCUCGCGGGCGCACCACAAAUUAAGGGCCUCCACCGCGCCUAAAACGGACGUGCGCGGGUAACAUCAUGCGUGCAUGCAUGCAAAGGUGGCGCCGAAAGAAAAACGAAGCGAGAGAAGAGAUGGGAGAGAGAAGCCGAGAAGCAGAGAUGAGAGCGUGAAGCUGUUUGCUCUUUCUUUAUUUUUAGUUUGUAUUUUCAAGGAAUAAGGAUGGAGAGAGAAAUAUGUGGAUUUGAUUCUUUAGAAAGAAGGAUUGAAUGGUUGGAUGAUCUCCGAUCCAUUCUAACCUUCUUUCUUAUGAAAGUCUUAUACUAAUAUUUCUAUUAUCCUCUGCACGUUUGCAUGGAAUUUUAUGGCAUAGCUUUGGGUGAUCGCCCAUACAUUUUCA